UAAUAUAUCACUCAUAAUACGUUGGUCACCCACUCUCAGAUACGCGAAAAAAAGAUCCCUGAGCCCCCGCGCCGCUCCCUCCCCGGGGCGACACGGGCGGCGACCCCCGCUCCUCCCGCAGCCUCCCCUCACCAGCCCCUCUCCUCCUCGCCGUCGCCGGUGACCUCCGGCAGGCAAAGCCUGUGCGGAGCCGGCGGCGGCGGGGUGCUCUCUGGCCGCUGCUCACUCGGGAGGAGGGGAUCUCGCGUGCGGGUGGCGGCUGUCCGGUGUUCGGCUCCGGGGCAGCGUCCUUGCUUGCGGCGGAGGCGGUCUUCGGCGUGCGUCGCGGCGUCUGGUCGCGGUGGUGGGUGCACCGUCGCGGUGCGCGAGGUCGUAGUCGUCGGGCCUGUUCGGUCCCGAUCCGAUCUGGGAUCCGCAGGCGGCGGUUGGCGCGGGCGGUGGAGGAAGGCUCGGCUCCUCUGGUGCGCGUCCUGGAGGCCUCCUGCAGCGUCUUCUCCGGCUAGGUGCCGUGGUGGUUUAGGCUGGAGCUUCGGUCGGUCGGCUGCCGAUCUGGUAGCUUGUCCGGCGAGUUGGGGUGGGGUGGCGGCCCUCCCUCCCUGCUCGGGGCUCUUCUGUGGCGCUGCAGCAGCAGUGGGUUGCUGGAUCUGGCCUGUUUCGGCCGUGUUCGGCUCGUCGGCGUCUAGCCGGCGGCGAGGAUUGUGGUGGCUUCUGCUUGGUCAUGGCGCGAUGGCUUCGUGGGAGGUGUGCGGGUCAGCGGAGGUGCUAUGCGUGGGGGUGUGGGUGUGGGUGUUGCUCCGGGCGAAAGCUUGCCGCGCUCUUGCCGGCCGAUGGCGUCGGUGUCUGUGGGCGUCGUUUCACCUUCUUGGAGGCGCCGCCGUGGAGUCCACCCUUCACGCACCCUUGGAUCCAGUUCUUCGGGCGAAAGCCUAAGACCCAGUCAGGUCGGGCGACGGCGUCGGCAUCGUUGCUUCCCUCUUUGGGGCGUCGCCUGGAAGAACUUUGGAUCUUGUUUGCACGCUCCAUGGGUUGGUCAUGGUGGUGCGGCCUGCUCAGGACCGAGGGUGGUGUGUUCUUCUUCAGGUGUUUCUCUUCGGUUGUCCUACGUGUGGUCUCUGGCCUGCUCUAUGCAUGCUCAUGCCCAUGCUCUGUUGAGGCGAGCCUCAGGCUCUUGGUCUCGUCUUGGUUCAUCUUUGCUUAAUGACGACGCAAUGACGCCUCCCCGACUUGCUAAUCGUCUUGAACUUCCGUGGCGGAGCGCUCAGUCAAGGACUGUUGGCAUCGACAUGGCUUGGGCGAAUUAAUUUGGCGAUUAAGAAGACAUGGUGGUGUUAUCUCAUUGUUAGAACAGGAUUGUAUUUCGAUGACAGAAGCCAGUUCAUGAGUCAAUUGGCCAACGACACCCUGAAUAAGUUGAGAGUACUCAAUGGAGUGAAAUUUGAAUACAGCUACUGGAAUAUCCAUACACACGGAUUCGCCGGUCAGCAAAAUACGCAGGUUGAUGCCUUGGCCAUGGACAUACUUUUGGAAUCUAGGCCAAAAGAUGACCAAGGUAAUGCAUUUGUAGAGCUCAUGCAGAUGAAACCCGAGGCUAUAACAAAAGAAUGUCUAAAGUUUCUGACUGAAAAUGAUCACCUCCUCUUUAUUGAUGAGAUGGAGUCCACCGCAGAAUGGGACUCGAUUAAAAAACACCUGUUAUGGUUCUGACCGUUGUGGAUGUUCAGAUGGAGGAGACAACAGAAAGGAAGAUGGUGAAUUUGAACUUGAUAACUUUGUUGGGCGUAGUGAUGAGAUGGACUUUUUUUAUCGCCGUAGUCCUGACGUGAAGUUGUUGUGUGUGGGGGGGAUUGCUGUUGUUGGGAAAUCAGCUAUCGUCAGAGAGAGUUUCCACGGCAAAGUGAUAACAGGCGGACACUACAUAAUGCACAGCUGGGUGGAUGUACCCCAUCCUUUCGAUUUGACGGACUUAUGCCGGAGAUUGCUUUUGAAUUUUUAUCCGGAUAAUCUUGAGGCAAAGGAAACUGCAUUAAUUAGUAUGAUGGAAGGAAAAGACCCAAUUCAAGGGUGCUGUAAAAUCCUCCGUCAAAACAAUUGUCUCGUUGUUAUUGAUGGUCUGCAGUCGAAGCAUGACUGGGACUUGAUAAAAAAAGCUUUGUUUUCCCAGCCUGUUAGAGGAAGAACCGUUGUCAUUACACGUGAAGAAAGCAUCGCCACAUAUUGUACUAAUAAAAAGGAUGAAAUUCUCAAUGUCAAAGGUCUAAAAGAUGAUUUGGCCCUUAAUCUCUUCAAGAAGAUUAAUCUCAAAGCCGAGAAACUGUCUCAAUCUUUCCCUGAGGUAGUAGAACCAAUUUUAAAGCAUAUCAUGUCCAAGUGUGGUGGGCUUCCAGAAGUAAUAGUUGCUGCAGGAAAAAUUGCCAUCCCAUACUCAGAGAGAAUUAGUUCCUUGGAGCUUUUCAAUGCUGAAUUGAUGGAAAUAUUGGAGAACUCGUUAAGCUUUCCUAGAUUAAAGGGUAUCUUUUGUUGGAUGCAAUCCUAUUUUGAUGCCUGCUCAGAUGAACUCAAGCCAUGUAUCUUCUAUAUGUCAGUAUUCCCUAUGGACCAAAGCAUUAGGCAAAGGCGUUUGCUCAGGCGGUGGAUUGCAGAGGGUUACUCCUCUGGUGGUGGUGGUGGUGCUGCAGAGGAGAAGGGAGAAAAGCUCUUCUCCGAACUCAUGAAAUUGAGCAUAUUAUAUCUGGAUCAGCGGACAUCAUCAACGACAAAAAGCUGGAUGGUCAAUGGCUUCUUCCGUGAAUACAUCAAGUCACGGCCAAUGGAAGAUAAUCUUGUGUUUGCACUAGAGGGGGGUUGCAGCCCCAGCUCGCGACUCACGGGACAACACCUCACCAUAAGCAGCUGUUGGGACAGGGAUGAGAUUGUGUUCAAUAGCAUGGACUUGUCACGGCUACGGUCUUUGACAGUGUUUGGGAAGUGGGUGCCAUUCCUCGUCUCGGACAAGAUGAAGGUGCUUCGGGUGCUUGAUCUAGAGGGUACUAGUAGGACAUCAGAUGGUACUGCUAGUGUAACAGAUGAUGUUCUGGAGAAGAUCGUGAAGCAGUUUCGUCGCCUCAAGUUCAUGUCCCUGCGUGGAUGCAUGGAAGUCACUCGUCUCCCUGAUUCAUUGGGUGCCAUGACUCAGCUGGAGACUUUGGAUGCCAGGCACACCUCCAUAGUCGAGCUGCCACCUGCUAUCAUCACCAAGCUACACAAGCUUCAGUACAUUCGUGCUGGCACCACCAAAGCAAGACGACUACAAGCAGCAACAAGAGCAGCAGCAGCAAUGCCACCACCACCACCACCACCACCACCAACAACAACAACAACAACACAAGAAGAAGACAUCCAUAGUGGAAGGAGCUCCUUUGUAGGAGUCAAAGCAGCAGCAGCAUUAGGUGUGGUCCAACGAGCAUCAUCUAGAAUUACUGGAGCAUUGAAGAAUAGGGUGCAUGCUUUGGUGGAAUCCAGCAGCAGCAGUAGCUGGUGGGAGUCGAAGAAACAGCGCAGGCGUCGCGUUCGUGUUGCUGCAAAUGGUGACGGUGUUGAGAUUGUUCGUGCCGCCGCCGAGGGGAUUGGGAAGCUGACGGAGUUGCAUACACUCGGUGUUGUGAAUAUUGCAGGUGGGAAAGACAGUCUCCUACUCCUCAAGGAGCUCGAGAAUCUUACCCAGCUGCGCAAGCUCGGGUUGACCGGCAUCAACAGUAAAAACUGGAAGGAGUUGUGCGAUGCCAUCUCCGGUCACCUCCCUCAUCUCGAGUCCUUGUCACUGCAACUGCUGGUGCUGCAGGAGAAUGCCGGCAGCUAUGAGUUUGCUUGUUUUGACCGCAUCUCCGUGCUGCCCAAGACCCUGAAGCGCCUUAAGGUACUGUACACUAGUAGUCGUAACAGUGUUGCAUGCAUAAGGCAAACAUGGACCAGGCUUCCCGAUCCCGUAUGUUUCCAACAUGAGUGGAGGGUAUCAACUGGAGAGGACAUAGGCAUGUUAUUUAGCCGGGAUAUGUUACGAAGCUCUGACCGCCCUCAUGUCCAGCCGGUAGAGGAGCUUCUCACAUUUGGUCAUGUGCCUACACCUGAUGGUUCUGAGUGGAGACCUGUCGAGCACCUCAGGUUUGACUGCCACGGCAUCCGCUCAAGGGUAACUUUUGGACGGGCAACUUUUUUCUCGGUUGAGACGCUCAACAUUAACUGCUGCAGAUCUUGUGGUGGAUCGUCGUGCUUGUGGAUUGACGGGCUAAGGUACCUACAUGGACUCAAGGAAGUCUGUGUAACGGGAGAGUACAGCAGCAGCUUCGCGCAAGACUUGCGCAGGCAACUUGACAAGCAUGCAAACCAUCCUGAACUGAAGAUGUUAAACUCCUCGUAGAGAUCAGUAGUAGCAGAGUGAUGUAUGUUUGUUUGUUACUAUACUUGUGUAUGUCGCAAUAAAUUAGCUACAGUACUGUUUGUUGCAAA